UGUACUUUCCAUGCGUUACUCUUAAGUUACUGAAUUUCAGAGUGGUAAUAGUUGACUACUGCCUUGAAGUUCAGAUUUUCCUGUAAUUGAGUUUGACAACAACACUUAUACGUCAUGUGCCCUGCCAAGUUGUCUUGGUUAUGAAUGAGGCAUCCCUGCCUCGUCUUGGAGACUGUGUUCAAGAUGUCGUCCAUGGCCAGACGCAAGACGCGUCGCUCUGUGUCACGGAAGCAGUCGACAGAUACUUUGGUUUCUCAGCGUCCUUUAACGCUAGAAACUGUUGAGAAUGUGAUAUUAAAGCUCAAGGACCCAAAAGGGGCGACAGUCAAUGCUAUCCUGCUACCUCUUCAGACUACAAACCCUGGUGUUCCAGUGGACGAGUUGAAGGCACUGCUGAAGGCAGUCCUUCUGGAGGGACUGGACAGCGGAAGACUGAUUCGACCGCCCGGGUCGAAAGCACGCCGUGGACUGGUCGGAAGGUUUCUGCUCAAAGCAACCGACUCAGCUGACAGUAGUCUCGAAAAUGCUGCCGAAACCUUGGUGAACACUGCAAAACGCACGGGAGUCCCGAAGAUUGACUGUGUAGGUCACAACAAUGACGUAAAAGGAGAAGUCACGAAGAAAACACAAAAGAAGAGAGGACAACGUCGUAGAAAAUCCGUUGCGAAGGCUUCCGAAGAUCAUGUUACCUCGUCGGACGGCCAUGACAUCCGUAAAACUGAAACGGACAAGGAAGACAAAAGUGAAGAACUUCAAGUUCAAGAAGAUGUCAAGUUGCGCACACGGAGAUCCAAAAAGGAUACGGUGCAAGUUCAACCGACGAGAAGUACGGCGCCAAGAGGCAAAAGUGGACGGAAGCCGGCAAAAACUGUUACAGCUGUAGAAACCGUUACUACGGAAGAUGAUGCAACAGAACAUCAAAUAGAGAGGAAAGUCAAGGAAGAAGAAAAUGGAGUCCCGGAUGAGGAGAGAGCUUCGGAGCAGGACUCUACUGGCGUCAAGGAGGACCCACCAAGCGAUUUAAACGGUACGUUUGUGUUGGAGUCGUCGAGCAGUCCAGCAGCUUACCUUCAGCGAGUGCAGCAGGAAAGAGAGCGCCUUGCGGGGCGUUGCCUGGACGUCGAGAAGUAUCUACGCUGGAAGGUCCCUUCAAAUGUGUUGGAACGUGUGAGAAGCGCCAUUGGCCAGUGCACUCUCAUUACAACCAAUAAGAAGUCAACCAUGGCGAGGUUUGAGGGACAAUGCCAGGAGGCUAUGGUGCCAGAGGGCGACAACCCCUACAGACCCACGAUGAACGACCUGGAGGCAUACUGGGACCUCGUUGAGCUGCAGGUCAAGAACAUCGACCAGUUGUUUGACCAUGUGCACGUGAUGGUAAAAAGAGAGGCCGUUUAGCUUCCCCUUUUCAUUAGUAUCUUUACAACGUUAAUGAUGUACGCAAUAAUCAUGUAGUUUUGUUGAGUAUGCUUUUGAUGUACAGUUAUACUGUGCUGUUUGAAAGAUGGUCUGUGUUAAUAGUAAUUCACAACUCCAACGAUGUACGCAAUACUUUAGUAAUCAUGUAGUCUUGGUGUUCGGAGUACGCUUUUUAUGUACAGUCAAGUUAUAGCUAGGACGGUGCUGUUUGAAAGAUGGUUUGUUUGUGUUAAUAGUACUCCACAACUCCAAUGGUGUACGCAAUAAUCAUGUAGUCUAGGUGUUGAGUAAGCUUUUCAUGUACAGUAAAGCUAUAGCUAGCCCUGUGUUGUUCGGAAAGAUGGUUUGUUUGUGUAAACUUUGAUAACGUGAACAGUAAUUUAUUUCCUUGUACAUUUGUAAGAAGAAUGGGUGGUAUAUGACAUGACCAGACAUAUACGAGGGUACCGAUGUAUCAGAGAAAGUGCUGUGAGUAAAAGUUGAACCAUGUGAUUUGCACUCCGUAAAUUACAUAUUCCGUUUGGAUAACAUUGUAAAUUUCAGACUUGGAAUGACCCCAAGGUGCAAUAUUGUUCAGUGCUAUUUCAUAGCAACCUAGAUUGAAAGUUAUUUCAGCUUUCUGACAUUAUCAUACAUAACCAACCCUACUGCCAACCUCUAUCAUACUGAUCACACCAUAUUCACUAUAGGGCCUGGUAUAAUUCUUCAUUCAAGUGUUCAUACUUUGCCAUUUUUCUCUCUACUGCUACCUGGAUGUUAAAAAAGAAAGUCAAUUUAACAACUAUUAAAGCUGGGCAAGAA